ACGAUAUAUUGACUAACAUUUCAACUCUGCUUUUGCUUUCAAUUCAAUUGUGUUUACAGUUAAGAGUGAAUCCCAUUAUUGAUAGUUUGCCAUCAAUUGUGGCAAAUGUACACAAAAUGCUGAGAUAUGCAGCCGCAGAGCGCAAUCAAGAGGCCAUUCUUCAGGUGUUGACAAAUGUGUUGAGAAGUGAAGACAGAUUUGACCACAAUUUGAAUGCUUUGGAAAUAGUGAAUGAAUGUCUGAUGAGAGUUGCAUCUGUUGUCUGUUGUGCCUCAGGAAGUGGUUCCGGUCAACACGUGACACAUUUGGCCAAACAUUUGCCUCGUAUCCGAUGGCAACCCUCUGAUGUGGAAACUUCACUCUUCGAGUCGAUUGAAGCCUAUAGGAGACAGUCUGGUGUCCACAAUAUCUUAGCUCCCGUUCAACUAGACGUGUCCUCACCAUCCAUUCAGUGGCCAAUCCCUGGGUCACCGAAACUGGAUCUUAUAGUUUGCGUCAAUGUGAUUCACAUAUCGCACUGGAACUGUAGUUUAGGUCUAUUUGAAGGGUCGGCCUCUUUAUUAGCGCCAAACACUGGUCUUCUGGUGACAUAUGGGCCGUACGCUUGCGAUGGAGUCAUAACUCCGGAA